AUAAUGUAUAGUCAAAAGUGUUUACUUAAAAAUAUUUGUUUAGGAAUAAGUAAUAUUUUAAGUACAUCGGUGCAUAAUUCCAAUAAGGCAAAAUCUAUGAAGAUAGACAAAGUUUUAGUUAUUUCAAAAUUAUCUCGAUAUGAAUUCGAAAAAUAUAAACAUAAAAACUUGAAUGAUUGUGAACUAAAACAGUUACUUAAGAAUCGAGGGACUGAUUUUGAGAGGCUAAUUCAUUUUCACAACACACAUAAAUCAUUUGAAGAAAAUGUCAUAUCUACUUUAAAAAAUAUGGGAAUUGAUGUAGAGGUGGCCAAUAGAUUGAACUGUGAUGAAAAUAAGAUAGAAAAGGCUGACGUUAUAAUACCAACGGGGGGUGAUGGAACAUUCCUGUUAGCAGCUAGUAGAGUUAGGGAUAACCAAAAGCCAGUGAUUGGUUUUAAUUCGGAUCCAACCAGAUCGGAAGGUCAUUUGUGUCUCCCUAAAAAGUAUUGUACUAACAUAAGGGCAGCAAUUGAAAGGCUACAAGCGGGUGAUUUUGAAUGGUUAUUGAGAAGUCGUAUUAGAAUCACAAUGGUAGUUUGUGAAGAGAAAGACUUAGUUCCAAAGUACGUGCACGGAAUCGAGUAUGAUAGCAUUUGUCCCAUUCGUCCAAACAAUGGAAAUGAAAAAGUUUUACCUGUUUUAGCUCUAAAUGAGGUAUUUAUUGGAGAAACUUUGUCUGCCAGAGUGUCUCACCUACAAUUAAGACUAAAUGGUUCUACGGAAGUAACAAGUGUAAAGUGCUCCGGUGUUUGCAUUGCGACUGGCACUGGUUCAACCUCGUGGCACUUGAGUAUUAAUAGACUACCGGUGCAAAGUGUUGCCGAAUUACUAAGACUAAUCGAUAUCGAUGCAACUGAAGGGAAAGACAGCCUUGCAACAGUUCUAGCUGAUAUUUACAAUAAAAACUUAAUAUUUUCACCAGAUGAUAAGAGAAUGGGCUACACAAUCCGUGACUUAAUAUCAGGUGGUGUUUGGCCUAAUCCUAAAGGGAUAAAAUCAAGAGGAUUUGCUACAAAAAUCGAGGUUAAGUCAAACUGUUUUGAUGCAUCAUUAGUAGUUGAUGGAGGAGUAUCAUUCACUUUUAAUGAUGGAACUAUAGCUUUACUAGAAAUUCUUCCUGAAGAUGCAUUGAGAACGGUCGUCUUUAAAGACUAAAGAGAAAAUGGAUAAAUAAAAAUGAACAUAUUGGGAUAUUAUGUAAGGAGAAAUGGAUUAAUAUUUGAUAUAUCUUAAUAGGUACCACAAAUUUAAGUUCUGAAUGUGUAAAUAAAAAUUUCAAUGUAUUGUGAUAGAUUUACACGGACCUGGUUUUUAUUUUUUUUUAAUAUUAAUUUUAUAUAUUCAAUUGUAUUAUGAUAAAUUUCAAUAAAGAUCUAUU